CUCCCAACUUGUGCCCAAACCACACCCAGAAUCUGCUACUUUUCAGGUCCUGGAGGAUGAAUUUGCAAAACCAGUGAUUUUUAUUCACAAAGGCACUCAGCCAGGCACAGCCUCUGCAUUUCUGCUUAGGGGGUGGAAAGCGGCAGCUGAAAUAAACAGCCUGGGAACGAACGGGCGCCGCUGGCUUCGGGGCAGCCGACACCGAGGCAUGAGCACCGGGCCUGCGUGAGCCAACCCCGCCCCGCCGCCCGCGCUUCCGGGCCGCCGCCGCCGCCAUGGGCCCGGGCGGGGGCUGGGUACGGGCUGCGCACACGGCGCUGAGUGGGGCUCUGACGCUGGGGCUCCUCCUGCACCGCACCGACCUGCAGAAGCAGGAGGAGCGCGGGGAGCUGCUGCAGCCGCUGGCCUUCGUCCUGCUGGUUUUGUGCUCGGUGCUGCUGUACUUCAGCGUGUCUCUCAUGGAUCCGGGUUUCGUUAAGCCUGAGGGAGCGGAGGCAGGCGAGCAUGAAGCCCAGAGCAUGACACUGCCCCAGGUUCCAAGUGGCAUUCAGGACAUCCCGACACGGCGCUGCGGCUACUGCCUGCUGAAGCCGAUGCGAGCACGGCACUGCCACCUGUGCCAACACUGCGUGCGGCGCUACGACCAUCACUGCCCUUGGCUUGAGAACUGCGUGGGAGAGAGGAAUCAUCCCCUCUUCAUCGUCUACCUGAGCGUGCAGCUCCUGGUGCUGCUCUGGGGGGGGCAGGUUGCCUGGUCAGGCCUCAACUUCGAGCAGUCCUGGGACUGGCUGAAGCACAAUGCUGUGCUCCUCAUCUCCUUCUUGCUGAUAGUCACAUUAAGCACUGUGGUCCUGCUGCUGCUGGUCUCACACCUCUACCUGAUCUCCUGUAACACUACCAGCUGGGAGUUCCUGUCCCACCAUCGCAUCUCCUACCUGAGGCACUCGGGGCUGGAGAACCCUUUUGACCAGGGGCUGGUCCUCAACCUCUGGAGGUUCUUCUGUUCCUGCCACCUCACCACGUGGGAGCAAAUCUAUUUGGCCAGGAGGGCCCAGCCUGUCUAGUGACAAGCACUCCUCUGCUUUUGCUGCUGGGAAGCGGCAGCUAUGACAGAGCCAGAAUCUGUUCCUGUGCCCUUCCUUCAGCACAGCUCUCCCUGGGAACUGCAGUGCCUUGGUCAGUGCUCCUGGACAUGUCACAGAGGUACUGGAGUAAACAUCUGGGCAGUCAAAACCCAAUUUCCUCAUGA